AUGGCUGCUUCAGCCGUGGCAUCCUCAGGCUGGAAGAGGGGGAAGGUCAAGGCUGUGCCUUCUGGUGACACCCUGUUAAUAAUGGACAGUGUACCAGGGGAUGCAGUCCCACCUGAGAAGUCACUCACCUUGUCGGGCAUCAUCGCUACAAGGCUGGCACGUCGCUAUGGAACAGACGAGCCAUUUGCUUGGGAAAGUAGGGAGUUUUUGAGGAAACUCUGCAUCGGAAAGGAUGUUUUGUUUAAAGUGGACUCUACUGCUCCAGGCCGUGAGUAUGGAACAAUUUAUAUUGGUGACACAAACAUUGCAUACCUUGUAGUUGCCAACGGGUUUGCCAAGGUAAAAGAGCAAGGUCGUCGUAAGGGUGACAACAAUCCAUAUACGACAGAAUUGCUAAGAUUGGAGGAAAAGGCUAAAGAUCAAGGUUUAGGUUGUUGGAGUAAGGAACAUGGCAUCAUAGAGGCUUCAACUAGAAUUCUGCCAUCAUCGACCAACCCUUCUGAAGUAGAGGGUUUUUUUGAUCAAAUGAAAGGGAAGGCCUUGGAGGCUAUUGUCGAGCAAGUCCGUGAUGGUAGCACCAUCCGAGUUUAUAUUGCUGGAGUUCAGGCUCCAUCUAUGGGAAGACGAGCAUUCAUUCCAAGUAUGGCUUCUCAAGCUGGAGCUACUGGAGAUGUUGAUGUGAACAGUGCAACAACAGCUCAAGUACCUAUGGCAGCAGAACAGAAGUUCGUACCAUCAUCAUCUACUUAUUCUGAAAUUCCACCAGAUAGGUUCGGUAGAGAGGCCAAACACUUCACCGAGACAAGAGUUCUGAACAGAGAAGUACGGAUUAUAUUGAGGGGCACAGACAGUUUUGAUAACAUGUUUGCUUCUGUGUAUUAUUGUGAUGGAAAUACUGAUAAGGACUUAGCACUUGAGCUUAUAGAAAAUGGGUUUGCAAAGUAUAUGGAAUGGAGUGCGAACAUGCUUGGGGCUGAAACCAAAAAAAAGCUAAAGAAUGCAGAUAUUCAGGCUAAGAAGGAACAGCUAAGGAUAUGGACUGGAUUUCGGCCACCUGCUACAAAUAGAAGACCCAUACACAACCAGAAAUUCACGGGAAAAGUCAUAGAGGUGGUGAAUGGGUACUGUGUAAUUGUUGCUGAUGAUGUUGCGCCUUGUGGAAGUCCUUUGGAAGAACGCCGAGUAAAUCUUUCUAGCAUAAGAGCUCCUAAGUUGGUUCAUCCUUCUGGACAGAGUGAAACUAUUGAACAUUUUGCUCGUGCAGCCAAGGAAUUCUUGCGCACACAACUAAUUGGUAAACAGGUUCAUGUCUCAAUGGAGUAUUCUAGGAGAAUCAACAUUGCAAAUGGACAAGUUGUCACUGACAAAACCAACCAAGUUGGCACCAGAGUUUUAGAUUAUGGAUCCGUCUUCCUACCCUCGCUGGUUGAUGGAACUGGUUCUCCUUCCCCUAAUAGCUCUAGCUACCCGCUUGGAGCCAAUGUGGCUGUGCUCCUGCUCUCGCGAGGAUUUGCUGAUAUCACACGACAUCGGGACUAUGAGGAGAGGUCACACCACUAUGAUGCACUCCUGGGGGCCUAUUCACAUGCUGAAAAAGCAAAGAAAGGAUAUCACUCCAAAAAGGAUUAUCCUGUGACUCACAUAAAUGAUUUGACAACAGUUCCUGCAAAGAAGGCGAGAGAGUUUUUCCAUUUGUUGCAGCGAAAUAAAAAGCAUUCUGCUGUUGUUGACUACAUUUUUAGUGGCCACCGCUUCAAACUAACAAUACCUCAUGAGACAAGCACCAUUGCCUUUUCAUUCUCUUGUGUCCGGUGCCCUGGUAAAAACGAACCCUACUCAGAUGAUGCCAUUAGCUUGAUGAGAAGAAGGAUACUCCAACGUGAUGUGGAGAUUGAGAUUGAAGCAGUGGACAAGAAUGGAACAUUCUUAGGUUCCUUAUGGGAGUCCAAGACCAAUAUGGCUUCUGUUCUUCUUCAAGUUGGCCUAGCCAGACUUAGUUCAUUUGGACUCGACAGGAAUCCAUAUGCUCAAAAUCUCAUCGAGGCAGAAAAAAACGCAAAGCAGAAGAAACUGAAGGUGUGGGAGAAUUACAAUGAACUAGAAGUCAUUCGCCAAGGAUCCAUGACUGAACAAAAUGGAAAAGAGACUUUCAAUGUUAUUGUAACUGAAGUCCUUGGUGGUGGAAAGUUCUAUGCCCAUAUAGUUGGUGACCAUCGCGUGGACAACAUCCAACAACAGCUUGCUUCUCUGAAAUUCAAUGAAAUAUCAGAAACUUCUAAAGAUACCUCUGAUACGUUGGAAAAUCAAGAUCAAACAAUAAAUACUCAACCGGAUACUUUGGAAGUUAAAGUAAAGCCACAUAAUCAUUUGGUUCAUCCUCUUCCUGUUAGAUGGUCUAGUUUGUUUAAAGAUCACCUAAAUACUAUGAAAGGUGAAGUUCAAUCUGCUGAAGAGUCAAACACUUCUAAAGUUAAAGAUCCAUCAAAUGAUAUUCCAUUUAAUCCAACAAAGGGAGAUGUGGUUUUAGCCCAGUUCAGCCUCGAUAAUUCUUGGAACAGAGCCAUGAUUGUGAGUGAACAUCCGGGUCCCACAGAGAGGGAGUUCGAGGUGUUUUAUAUUGAUUAUGGAAACCAAGAGACAGUUACUUACAGCCACUUGAGACCUGCGCCUGCGAAAUUUUCUAUUUCCGUGAUUCCUCCACUAGCCAAGCUGUGCAGUCUUGCAUUCGUUGUAGUUCCUGACAUAACGGAUGACCUUGGUGAAAAAGCUGCAGCGUAUCUAAGAAUGCUCUUGCUUGAUAAUGAGGGAGAGUUCAAGUUCAAGGCAACAGUCGAAGAGCGCGGCAGUGUGGGAGCGAAGCUAGAAGGACAAGGAACUGGAGAAGUACUUAUUGUGAGCAUGUAUGAUGAAGAUGCUGAAUGCAGCAUCAGUGCUGCAAUGCUAGAGAAUGGCUUGGCUCAGCUCGACAGGAAGAGGUGGAACUCAUCAUGGGAGAGGAGGGCUACCAUGAAAUACCUGGGGGAGUUCCAAGAACAUGCAAAGAAGAAGCAUCGUGGCAUUUGGCAGCUUCAGGCUGUGGUGGGUGCGCCUGAUAAAUCUGUGGAAGAAGACAAGAUGCUCGAGGACAUCAAUGACAAUGAAGGCCUACUAGCGCCAGCUCGAGCUAGCAUCGCUUCCACUACACCCCCCGAAGCCUAG